AUGCAGCACCCGCUGGAAUUGGGCGCCGCUCGCUACUUCCCGGCCGAAGCGUUCCCCGACCACCGCUCCCACCGCUAUCGCAGUUUCAUGAUCGAGGAGAUCCUCACCGACCCCCCGGACGCCAAGGGGGCCGCACCGGCCGGGGAGCUGCUGAAGUUCGGGGUGCAGGCGCUGCUCUCCGCCCGGCCCUACCACAACCACCUCGCGGUGCUGAAGGCGGAGCCGGCCGCCGUGUUCAAGUUCCCGCUGGCUCCCCUGGGCUGCUCGGGGCUGGGCUCGGCGCUGCUGGCCGCCGGCUCAGGGCUGCAGGGCGGCUCCGCCUCGUCCCAUCUCCCGCUGGAGCUGCACCUCCGCGGGAAGCUGGAGCCGGGGCCCCCGGAGCCGGGCAAGGCCAAGAAGGGUCGCCGCAGCCGCACCGUCUUCACCGAGCUGCAGCUCAUGGGGCUGGAGAAGCGCUUCGAGAAGCAGAAAUACCUCUCCACACCCGACAGAAUAGACCUGGCCGAAUCACUGGGGCUCAGCCAGCUCCAGGUGAAAACCUGGUACCAGAACAGGCGCAUGAAAUGGAAGAAAAUAGUGUUGCAGGGGGGCGGCCUGGAGUCCCCCACCAAGCCCAAGGGCCGCCCGAAGAAGAACUCGAUCCCCAGCAGCGAGCAGCUCUCGGAGCAGGAGCGCGCCCGGGACGCCGAGAAGCCGCCCGAGAGCCUGGGCUCCCAGGCCGAGGUCAGCCAGGAGGAGUGA